AUGAAGACUACUACUACACCCACCGACCUUCACCCCAAGCGCGAAUGGAAUACUUCGAAGCUGGGCCUGCGAGUCGGCGUGGAUGCGCUCUCGGCAGGCGCUGCAGGCAUACUUGUUGCGCCUAUCAUAACAAUGAUCGAUAAGGGCAUCAUCGAGAAUGCAAGUGGAAGGAACACAUUGGGCGACAGCUUAAAGAAGAGCGCAUUGGAGCUUUUGGCGCGGCCACACCGCUUCAUGGCGAGCAAGCCGUUUGUGCUGAUCUUCAGUCUCUACUUCGGAACCUACUUCACAGCCAACACCAUCGACACAGCCUCGGCAACCCUCCACCCCACCACCUCGACCCCCUCGACAAUCACAGCCGGAACCCCAAAGUUCCUCGCUACUUCGACGGCGAACCUCGCGCUGUGCCUCUACAAAGAUAACCAAUUUACCCGCCUCUUUGCCGCACCGGGGUCAACACCGCGUCCCGUCCCCCUGCCCACGUUCGCCCUCUUCACCAUCCGCGACUGCCUGACCAUCUUCGCAAGCUUCAACCUCCCACCCCUACUCGCGCCCACACUCGAGCAGCAAAUGAGCUAUGAAGUGCAGAAGUGGGUCGGCGCAGCUAGCGUAGCGCAGUUCGUUACGCCCGCUGCGGUACAGUUGGUUAGCACCCCGUUGCAUUUGCUCGGCCUGGAUCUUUACAAUCGGCCGGGCGUGGCCAUGAUGGGGCAGGAGGGACGCGUGGGCAAGGUGGUGCGCGACUGGGCGAAGAGUGCGGCUGCGCGCAUUUGCAGGAUUGUUCCUGCUUUUGGGGUGGGUGGCGUGGUUAACAUGAAGGUUCGGAGGGGUUUCAUGGGGAGGCUGGAGGAGAGUUGA